AUGUUCUCGCACAUUCCAGGCGUUGAUCACAAAGAGACCUAUUUUCAACUUUCACAAAACGAGAUGCGCUCCUUGUCUCUUCUCGCCCGCCUCGGGCUCACCAGCCUCGUCGCCGCUUCCACCCUGGCCGUCCACCAAGCGCCCGGCGCGCAAAACGUCGUCUACUGGGGCCAAAACGGCGGCGGAACCAUUGAGAACAACGACCUCGGCGCCUACUGCCAGUCCAACUCGGGCAUCGACGUGCUCGUGCUGGCCUUUCUCUACCAGUUUGGCCAUGACAACACCAUCCCGUCGGGCACCGUCGGCCAGUCGUGCUCCAUCAGCAACGCCGGCGCGGGCCAGAACUGCGAGGCGCUGGUGGCGGCUAUUGGCAAGUGCCAAGCCGCCGGCGUCAAGAUUGUGCUCUCGCUCGGAGGCGCCACCAGCUCGUACUCGCUGCAGUCGCAGGCGCAGGCCGAGAAGAUUGGCCAGUACCUCUGGGACUCGUACGGCAACUCGGGCAACACGAAGGUGCAGCGCCCAUUUGGCAAGAAUGCGGUGGACGGCUUUGACUUUGACAUUGAGCUGAAUGGCGGCAGCAGCCAGUACUACCAGUACAUGAUUGCGAAGCUCCGUCAGAACUUUGCCAAGGACUCUUCCAAGAAAUAUGUCAUUACGGGUGCUCCCCAGUGCCCGAUUCCGGAGCCUAACAUGGGCGAGAUUAUCGCCAAAAGCCAGUUUGACUACCUCUUUGUCCAGUUUUACAACAAUAACAACUACAGCGUCCCGUGCGCUCUGCCCAUCAACGGCAACGCGCCGUUCAACUACAAUAACUGGACCAGCUUCAUCGCCUCGACGCCGUCCAAGGAUGCCAAAAUCUUCAUCGGCGUCCCGGCCUCGACCCUGGCGGCCAACGGCAGCCCCAGCGGCGCCACCUACUACGCUACGCCCGCCCAGCUGGCGACCAUUGUCAACGACUACAAGAGCGACGCGCACUUUGGCGGCAUCAUGAUGUGGAGCGCGGGCUUCUCCGACUCCAACGUCAUCAACGGCUGCACGUAUGCCCAAGAGGCCAAACAUAUUCUCGUCAACGGCGGUCCUUGCGGCUCCGGCGGCCCGCCGCCUCCUAGCAGCACCACCAGCGCUCCGCCCGGCGGCAGCCCGCUCUUCGCCGCCGGGUUCGUCCCCAACUGGCACAGUGCCUCAAUGGGGUCAGUGCGGCGGGCAAGGAUACAAUGGACCGACCGGGUGCCAGGCCCCAUUUACUUGCAAGAAGUCGAGUGA